AUGGACCUCGCGUCGGCGGCGUCGUCCGUCGUCGCCUCGGCGCCGUGCUGCGUGCUCACGCUCGCGGCGACGGGCGCGUGGCAGGACGCCCCGGACGCCGUCGCGGCCUUCGAGGAGCGCUGCGCCGGCGCGGCGUCGAUCUUCGGGCGCGUCCUCGACGUGCGCCUCGCGCCGGGCGCCGGCGCCGACCGCACGGUGCGCGUCUACUUCGAGGACGGCGCCGGCGCCGCGGCCUGCGGCUACCGCUUCGCGUGCAACGGCGUCGAGCGAUCCGCGGCGGCGACCUACGAGAACAUGGACGCGCCCGUCGCGCUCCACUUCUCGGGCCUGCCCGGCGGCGGCGACGUCGCGCGCGCCGUCGGCGUCGAGUGCGGCGAGUACGGCCGCGUCCUCGACGCCUUACCGGCCGGCGCCGGCGUGCUCGUCGCCUUCGCGACGUUGCCGGGGGCGCAGGCCGCGGCCGUCGCGCUCGACGGCGCGGCCUUCGACGGCCGCCGCUGCUGUUGCGACUUCCGCGAGGCGCCCGAGGACGACCCCUGCUGCGUGCUCGCCAACGCCGUCGCGGACGCGGGCGACCUCGACGACCUGAGCAAGGUCGAGGUCGUCGGCGACUUCGAGGACGCGUGCGGCGGCUUCGGCAACCUGCGGCGCGUCGUCUUAGGCGGCGACGGCGUGCGCUGCUACUACGACGAGAACCGGGGCGCCGCGGCCUGCGCGGCGUCCAUGGACGGGCGGCGCUUCGAGGGGCGGGAGCUGUCCGCGUCCGUCGAAUGCCGCGGGUCGAAGCGGCGAACGCCCGCGGCGCUCUGCGCGGCCGUCUGCCAGGCGCUCGCGCCGCGGCCCGAGGCGCCCAAGCCGCCGCCGGCGCCGGAGACGGGCGCGGCGACGCUCGAGCGCGCCGUCGCGGCGCUCCGCGCGAGCGUCGCGGCGGAGCCCAGGGUCGCCCAGACGCGCGCGAACCUCGCGGGCGCGCUCGUCCGCGUCGGCGGCGUCGGCAACCUCGAGGAGGCCGCGCGCCACGCCAAGGCCUGCGUCGCCCUCAAGGGCGACUGGCCCUGGGGCCACUUCCGCCUCGGUUCAGCCUACUUUGCGCUGGGGAAGGUCCGGGAGGCGUCCGUGUCGCUCGCGAUGGCCGAGACGCUCGAGCCGACGAACGCGCAGUUCGCCGACGCGGCGGCGCGCGCCAAGGAGGCCGCGGCGGCGCUCCUCGACCCCCUCGACGCCUUCACGGCCGAGGCCGAGGCCGCGGCGGCGAAGGACCUCAUCUCCACGACGGAGCGCGCGAGGGCCGAGCGCGCCGCGGGCGACUUCGGCCAAUCGAAGCGGAAGCGGCUCGAGGACGACAGCGACGACGAGGGCGAGCUGCUCAACAUCAACUCGCGGGCCCACUGCUACAUCUGCAAGCAGUGGGGCCACAGCAAGCGGGACUGCCCCAUGGCCAAGUGCCAGUACUGCCACGAGAUCGGACACCGGAAGCACGAGUGCCCGCUGUUCACGGCCGCGCUCGGCAACGCCGCGGAGGCGGAGAAGAAGGCGCGGCGCAAGCAGGGCUACGAGAAGAAGCGGGCGAAGCGCAAGGAGGAGUGGACGGCCAUGCUCCGCGAGAAGACGGGCGUCGACGGCUUCGCCGCGCUCUACCGCGUCCUCGGCCUCCCCGAGCGGAAGCUGUCGACCGCGGGCGAGAUCAAAAAGGCCUACCACAAGCGGUCGCUCCAGUACCACCCGGACAAGCACCCCGACGACCGCGAGGCCGCCCACGAGCGCUUCCUUGAGAUCAAGGCCGCCUACGAGCUCCUGCUGGAGGGCAUGGAGACGGGCGGCAAGGGCAUGAACGGCGCGGUCUUCUCCGCGGGCGAGCUCACGGACGCGGCCGCGGCGACGGCGCUCCAGGACAAGGUCAACGCCCUCGCGGAGAAGGUCAAGACGUCGAGCGCCUGGGCCGGCUAA